GCUUGAAAUACGGUGAUAGGCUUUUGCUUUACAAACGUCAGAGGACCGGAGCAUUCAUAACUGCAUUUUAUCUUGAGCUUUCAUCAGAACUUAAGUCCAAAGCCGUGAGAUGGAAAAGAUUCAGCUGCGUGACUACCAGAAGGAGGUGGUGCAGCCAGCCCUAGAGGGGAGGAACAUCAUUAUCUGGCUACCAACAGGAGGAGGGAAAACCCGCUCCGCCGUCUAUGUUGCCCAGAGACACCUGGAGACCAAACGCCAAGCCAAGGUGGCUGUCCUGGUGAACAAGGUCCACCUGGUGGACCAGCACUACUCCAAAGAGUUUGGUCCCUUCCUGGGAAAGACUUACUCAGUGAAGAGUAUCAGUGGUGACUCUGCUGAGAAAGACUUUUUUGCUAAAGUGGUGCUAGAGAGUGACGUGAUCAUCUGCACUGCCCAAAUCCUGGAGAAUGCCCUGAGGAGCUCUGAGGAGGAGAAGCACGUGGAACUAACAGAUUUCUCUUUGCUUAUCAUCGAUGAGUGUCACCACACCCAGAAGGAAAGUGUCUACAACAAAAUCAUGGAGCGCUACGUGGAGUACAAGCUGGAGGGGAAAGCAGGGCUGCCUCAAGUGCUGGGCCUCACUGCCUCUCUUGGGACAGGAGGUGCACGGACUCUCGAAAAAACCGUGACUCACGCAUUGCAGAUCUGCGCGAACCUGGAUGCCACGGCCAUCAUGUCUUCGAAGGUGAAUGCUGCAGAGCUGGCAAAGAAGGUCCCGAAACCCAGGAAACAGUACGACAUCGUGGAGAGGAGAUUGCAGGACCCCUUUGCGGACUAUCUGAAGACAAUUAUGGGUCUCAUUCAUGACUUCAUGGGGCAAGAGGAUGUCAGCAGGAGCUUCGGUACACAGGAUUAUGAGGCAGAAGUGGUUCUACUGACACAAAAAGGGAAAGUGGAGAGGAACAGGAUGGUGACCCAGUGUGCAUUGCAUCUGCGUCAAUACAAUGACGCACUUAUGAUAAAUGAUACGGUGCGCAUGGAGGACGCUUUCAGGGUGCUGGAUGAGUUCUACAGCAGUAAGGAGGCGAGCCGAACUGGGCUGGAUGGCACCGAUAUCUACCUUUUCAGCCUCUUCCAGGAGCAUAGAUUCCAGCUGGAGGCACUGGCCGAGCUGCCUGAGUAUGAGAACCCCAAGCUUGAGAAGCUCCAGCGUAUCUUAGUGGAGCAGUUUAAGGAAGGCACGACAGCCCGGGGUAUCCUGUUCACCAAAACGCGUAAGAGCGCCCAGUGCCUCCACGAAUGGGUCCGUUCCAGUCCUGAGAUGCAGGCCGCUGGCAUCAAGGCCGCCAUUUUGACUGGGGCCGGAAACCUUGCCAACCACAUGAGCCAGGGAGAACAAAGGGAGACCAUUAGUCAGUUCCGCACCGGAGUCCUGAACCUGCUGGUCUCCACCAGCGUGGCUGAAGAGGGUCUGGACAUCGCUGAGUGUAACCUGGUGGUGCGCUACGGGCUGCUGACCAAUGAGAUCGCCAUGCAGCAGGCCAGUGGGCGGGCCCGCGCAGAGAACAGCGUGUAUUCCGUGGUGGCGCAUGCCGGGGGCCGGGAGGAGUGCAGGGAGCGCACUAACGAGUACCUGGAGGAGCUGUCCAAGAAAGCCAUCGACCAAGUGCAGCAAAUGUCGCCCCGGGAGUUCCGGAUUCGGGUCUCAGAGCUGCAGAAGGAAGCCAUGAUCGCACGGCGGCUGGCAGAGCAGAGAGCCACGGACAACAGGAACCUUUUCCAGGCUACCAGGGUCCGGCUUCUCUGCUGUCUCUGCGACGCCCCCGUCGCUCGCGGCAGCGACAUCCAGCUCAUCGAAGGCGCUCACUAUGUCAUCGUUAACCCCGACGUCAAGAAGUGCUACCGCUUGGGUGGGCAGAUAGUCCUGCCUAGGACUUUUGAGGACUGGACGCCCGGGCAAAAGAUCAGCUGUGCAAAGUGUGGUCAGGAGUGGGGCAUGGAGAUGAUGUACAAGAGUGUAACUCUGCCAAACGUGGCCAUCAGGAACUUUGUCAUGGAAACGCCGGCUGGCAGGAUGACGGCCAAGAAGUGGAAGGGCGCAAAAUUCCACGUGGAGGAAUUCCGCUACGCCGAAUAUUUUGAAAAGAGCUUUCCCCACCUCUAGUUCAUAAAUGGUUGUCAAGUUGGCGUCAUUAAUGAUCAGAGAGCCUUUGGUUUAAUUAAGUGGAUGCAGUAUGUCUUCUCGUUAGGUUUUCUACAUCGCACAUAUUGACUUGCGUUCAAGACGGCAAACAUUCCAUUUACAUUCCGACGCAUAUUUAACAAUGUCAGCUAGCUGAUUUGUUGCUUACCUGUCAUUUAUUUUUAAAGGUAAGAACUAUUCUUUUUGGAUAUAGGUCUUGUUUGUGUAUUAGUCCCUGAAAUAUAUUUAAAAUAAAUUUUAGGUGUACGACCAUCGCCUGUGCAAACCAUACCGUACUGCAUUUGUGUACAGCCUAUGUCAUUACAAGAUACCGGGCAGAAAAGGAGUAUUGUGUAGUGAACAGCAGAAUGUGGACCAGUUGUCUAAAAUGCAUGGCUUGUACAGUAUGAUGUGUAGCUUAAAUCCUUUCUGUAUGGGGUUGCCUGUAGCCUAAGGAUCAUGACUGGGACCCGGAAGUUUGGUCCAUAAUAAAAUCCGUGCAGCUGUUGGGCCCUUCAGCAAGGCCAUUAACCCCACAUUCCUCCAGGGGAAACUCCCCUGCUUAGUCUAAUCAACUGCUUUGGAUAAAAGUGAUACCUAAAUAACUGUUAUGUAUUGGUUUACUGUGUGAGACGUCCUAAAAGCACAGUAACACUCUGGCUGGUAAAGGGUAUAUACUAUACUAAGAAAAAAUAUAACAAUGACAAUAAAAUAAAGGAACAAUCUGUUUGCUUGCUUCUGACCUGCAUCUAUAAAUCACUGGGAAAGCUAUCCUUUAUGAUAUUAAUGAAACUGUGAUACUUAGCUUCAUUUGGAAUGUGU